ACUUUCCUACCGUCUCAUUUUUCUUGGAAGUUGCCGAUGGAUAGAAAGGAGAGGACUUGAAAGUCAAGCUAAUCACAGAUCUUAUGGACUCGUUUUCCGAUUCCAUGACCUUAUAAAGCAACCACCAGUCCACAACCAUCACCAGUUUCCAAUUAUCACUUUCCCACAACACAUUUGUGCCUGCGUCUAAACCUUUGCUUAAAACAUGCCAACUCUGUUCCUCCAUUUCUUCCUCUUCGUAAUCACUACCACUGUUACUAACCUCAUCCCCGCAGUUCACAGCAACUGUAUUGAAGCCCAGAAACAAUCAUUGCUCCAUUUCAAACAAAGUCUUGAAUUUGAUUCUUCCAAAUCCUCCAAGCUUAUCACAUGGAAUUCGAGUACCGAAUGCUGUUCUUGGCUCGGUGUAACUUUCAGCACUAAUGGGAGUGUUGUUGGUCUUGACAUCAGCAGCGAGUCUAUCUCAUGCAGCAUUGACAAUUCAAGCAGUCUCUUCCAACUUCAACGUCUUCAAAGCCUCAAUUUGGCCAAUAACGACUUCAAAAGCUCUUCAAUUCCAUCUGCAAUUGGAAAGCUUACAAAGUUGAGGUAUCUGAAUUUAAGAGGUGCUUUUUUUUCUGGGACUAUUCCUUCAUCUGUUGUUUCUCUUCCCAAACUAGAAAUAUUAACACUAUCCCACAAUCGGUUCUCGGGUCAAGUCCCUGAAUUUUCCACUACCUCUUCACCCUUACUUGGCACCCUUGAUUUGGAAAACAACAAUUUGGAAGGACCAAUACCAACAUCUAUCUUCAAUCUUCAAGGGCUUCUCAAUCUCAAUCUUUCUUCAAACAACUUUAGUAGCUUUCCUUUUAAUGGUCCUCGGCUGCCCAGAAAUCUUUCAUCGGUUGAUCUUUCCCACAAUAGCAUGUUGUUUGAUUACAAUGGCAGUAAUUCCUCCUUCCUUCAGAUUCGCCACUUGGUAUUGGCUUCUAACAAGUUGAGAGCAUUCCCGGAUUUCUUGAGAAAUCAGUCCAUAUUAUACUACUUGGACCUUUCAAACAACCAGAUUCAAGGCAAGAUACCUAAUUGGAUUUUGAGUCUCAAAUCUCUUAAUUCCCUUGAUCUUUCUGGCAACUCCUUGGCAAGUCUUGAAGCUCCUCUUCCUAAUUCCACUUCUGCUUUAUCUUCUCUGGACCUUCGUUCCAACAAGCUUCAAGGUAUCCAUUCCUCAUAUUCCUUCCUUCAGCUUGGUCACUUGGGAUUAGCUUCUAACAAGUUGACAACAUUCCCAGACUUCUUGAGAAAUCAAUCCUAUCUAACCUACUUGGACAUCUCAGACAACCAAAUUCAAGGACAGAUACCCAAUUGGAUUUGGAGUUUCAAACUUCAAGAACUAAAUCUUUCUUGUAACUCCUUGGAAAGUUUAGAAGCUCCUCUACAUAAUUCUACCUAUGUUCUGUCAAAGGUCGAUCUUCAUUCAAACCAGCUUCAGGGACAUUUCCCCUUCUUCUUAAAUAGUAGGUAUCUAGAUUAUUCAAGAAAUAAUUUCAGCUCUAGUAUACCGAGUGACAUUGGUGACUUCAUUUCUAAUGUGUAUUACCUUUCUCUUUCAAGCAAUAACUUUCACGGGGCCAUUCCAAAAUCCAUAUGCAAUGCAAGUUGUAUUGUUCUUGAUCUGUCCAAUAAUUCCUUGAGUGGAAACAUUCCCCAAUGCUUGACUCAAUCACAUCAGCUUUCAGUCAUUGAUUUGAAGAGAAACAACCUGAGUGGCACAAUUCCCGAUAAUUUUCCCAACAUUUGUGGGUUACAAACUCUAGACCUCAGUAACAAUCAGAUACAAGGCAAGUUUCCAAAAUCUCUUGUCAACUGCUCAAAGUUAGAGGUUUCAAACAUUGGAAACAAUAACAUAGCUGAUACUUUUCCAUGCUUUUUGAUGAGCUUAUCCACAUUGCGUGUCCUUGUUUUGCGGUCCAACAUGUUUUAUGGAAGCAUUGGAUGUCCCAAGACCAAUGGCACAUGGCCUGUGCUUCAAAUAAUAGAUUUAUCUCACAACAAUUUUAGUGGUGAUAUGCCAGGAAGAUUGUCUCUAACAUGGCAGGCUAUGGUGUCUAAUAAGGAUGAUUCUCCAACUAACCUUGGAUUUUCUUCUGUGGUGUCUAAUAAGGAUGAUUCUCCAAUUAACCUUGGACCUUCUCAUCAACUUUCUCCUCAUGUCCAGUGCAACAAGGAGGCAACUAAUAAAGCAUGUUAUUCGUACAGUGGAAUUUCUAGAUCUAUAAGAGAAACAUAUACUGACUUUUAUUAUAGAGAUACAAUUACAACUAUCAUCAAAGGUUCAGAAUUGGAUGUGGUUAAGAUUUUAACUAUAUUCACCUUGAUUGACUACUCCUACAACAAAUUCAACGGAUCAAUACCUGAGGAAAUCGGAGAGUUGAAAUCACUAUAUGCCCUCAACUUAUCAGGUAAUGCUUUCACAGGAAAAAUCCCAUCAUCAUUUGGUAAGAUGCGACAAUUGGAGUCCUUAGAUCUCUCAAAGAACCACUUGAGCGGCCAAAUUCCCCCCGAGUUUGCAAAUCUCAAUUUCCUUUCGCACUUGAAUGUCUCAUACAAUCAACUGACAGGAAGGAUCCCAACCAACACUCAGUUUUCGACAUUUCCAAGUACCUCCUUUGAGGGCAAUAAAGGAUUAUGGGGGCCUCCUCUGACAUCGGAUACCGCAAUCGUAUUGCCACCUCCAAAGUUUAAUGGAAGCUCAAGUAAUCCGAAUUCUGGAGAUGAGAUUGAUUGGAAUGUUAUCAGUGCUGAAAUUGGAUUUACAUGUGGGUUUGGAAUUGCUGUCGGGUCACUUCUGUUUUGCAAGAGAUGGAGGAAAUGGUACUACAGAGCUAUGUUUAACAUCCUGUUCAAGAUAUUCCCUCAGUUGGAACACAGAUUUGGUAAUCACAGAAGGCAUGUUUACAUAAAUCAAAGGUAUUGGAGACGUUGAAAUGGUUAGGCAGACCAAGCAUGCAGUUCAACUCCAUUGUGCUGGAGACUCCCCUGGUGCUUUUUCUCUGUAUUUCAUCAUAUGAUUAUAAUUGUGAGCAUGUAAUUGCUCUGUUUUGUGAUA